AUGGACUUCAUCAACCACCUCCGACAGCUCCAGGCCGACGAGUCCUCUUCGGACGAGGAGCCCGGCCGCAUUCUCACCGCUGCCGCCGUCACCGCCCCGCCUGCAAAACCCCCCGCGGCUACCACCACCCCGCCCGCUCAGCCGGCCGAGACCAAAGCCCCCACCCCCAAGAGGAAGCGGGAAGCCCCCGCGGAAGCCGCCCCCGAGGGCAUCGACGCGGAGACUCGGCAGGCGGCCAAGAGGGCGAAACUCCAGCUCCCCACGCCGCCCGCCAGCACCAGCCCGCCCUCCCCCCUGGCCAACGGCACCCCCAGCCCCAAGAAAAAAGGAGUCCGAGCCGCCGAGGAGAAGAAGGCCGCCGCCGCGCCACCCACCACCACCACCACCACCACCAAGACCCACCAACCCAAGGCGGCGAGCAUCGCCAGCAGCAGCAAGGCCCCAGCCCCAGCCGCAGCUGCGACGAAGGACGAACCCCCGGAGAAGGCAGCGACAACAGUGGCGGCGCGGGCUCCGCGCAAGCCCCUCGACCAGAUGGAGUUCUUCGAGCGGCGGGUCCACGACAUGUUGACCCGCCCGCUCGACUUCGACGACUGCGUCCUGGACACCGCCCGCCCCAUCCCCCGCCACGCCGCCCGCAGCUUCGCCCAGUAUCGCCGCCGCCAGCCGCAGCCUGCGCCGCCCUUGGUCAUGAGCGGCGCGCUUAGGCCGGUGUCGAAGGGCGAUGUGAAGGUGGGUGCUGGUAAUGGGGGUGGGGGUGGUGGUCGGUCGAAGGGGUCGUCUGGGAGCACCCUGGCGAUGGAGGCGCGGAAGAAUGCGCACCGGUUGAAUGUGAAGGAGAGGGGGCAGGAGUUGAAGGGGAAGGCGAGGGCGGGCCCGCAUGGGAAGGGCGCCGUUGUGGGCAAGCAGUCCGUUGUGUCGAGGCCGGAUGGCGGCAGGGGGAAGGAGAGGCAGUGGUUGUCGAAUGCGAGGCAGACGGGGGGAAACGGGGGACAGCAGCAUUUAGCGGGUGGGAAGAAAUCUAAGAAGUUUGCUUGA